GCGCGCGCUCAUUACACAACCCUCACCCGGUGGAGGCACAUACGCAGCAGCCAAAAACCGAACAACAGACGACCACCGAGCGGCCAAAACUCUAAGAAAGAAGAGAAAAUAUGUCCUACACAAAGUUUCUAGCGCCACUUGCUCGGGCAAAGUCGGGCAGCAUCAACAAAAUUAGCGUUUCACCUUCAAGUUAUCGGUCAACGGUGGCAUCCACGAAGAGCCAGGAAGAGAAGCAGCAGCGGCAGCUGGAGGGCUGCCCUGUGGUGGAAGCUGUUCCUGUUGAACUUAUCAGCCAGACCAAAAACGCCAAAGACGUGCGCCUCAACAGGAUUCACAUCGACUUCGACAACACCGAGGAGGCAUAUAAAAGUAAGAACAACAUCGAGCUGCUGAGAAGUCUGCUUGUCUUCAAUCUAUGCACCAUUGACUUCCUUGUUGAGAAGAAUAAAGAGCUGAUGGAGCUGAGCAAGAAGCUGCUGGGUCAACGGAUGUUUGAGAAGAUGAUGAAGAUGACCUUCUAUGGUCAGUUUGUGGCAGGGGAAGAUCAUAACUCCAUCAAACCUUUAAUAAACAAGAACCAGGCUUUCGGUGUGGGCGCUGUACUGGACUACAGUGUGGAAGAAGAUCUGACACAAGAGGAGGCAGAGAAGAAAGAAAUGGAGUCCUGUGUUUCUGAGGCAGAGAAGGACAGCUCUGGCGCAGAUCACCGUGAGAAGAAAUACAAGGCCCAUCGGCGGUUUGGGGACAGACGUGGAGGUGUCAUCAGUGCUCGCACCUACUUUUAUGCUGACGAGGCCAAAUGUGACAAUCAAAUGGAGACCUUCAUAAACUGUAUUAAAGCAUCGGGCGGAGCUUCAACUGAUGGGUUCUCUGCUAUCAAAAUGACUGCACUUGGACGUCCACAGUUCCUCCUUCAGUUUUCAGAGGUCCUGGUUAAAUGGAGGAAAUUCUUUAACUUCCUCGCUGCACAACAAGGAAAAUCAGACAUGUCUGCUCUGGAGAAGACACUGGAACUGGAGCAGCUCAAGGAAAGUUUGACUCAGAUGGGUGUUGGAGCCAAAGAUGACAUUGAAAACUGGUUCACUGGGGAGAAGCUAGGUUUGUCAGGAACAAUCGACUUGCUGGACUGGAACAGUUUGAUAAAUGACACAACAAAAAUGUCCAAUCUGCUCAUGGUGCCAAAUCUUGAGACAGGUCAGCUGGAAUCUUUGUCAAGCAAAUUUACAGCUGAAGAGGAGAGCCAGAUGAAGAGAAUGCUGCAGAGAGUCGACAUUCUGGCAAAGCAUGCUUUGGAAAAUGGGGUGAGGCUCAUGGUGGAUGCAGAACAGACAUACUUCCAACCAGCAAUCAGUCGACUCACCCUGGAGAUGCAGAGGAAGUUCAACAGAGAAAAGCCAGUGAUUUUCAACACCUAUCAAUGUUAUCUUAAGGAAGCCUACGACAACGUGACCCUGGAUGUUGAGCUGUCCCGAAGAGAGGGCUGGUACUUUGGUGCCAAACUAGUCCGUGGAGCUUAUAUGUACCAAGAGAGAGCCAGGGCCGAGGAGAUUGGCUAUGAAGACCCUAUAAACCCAGAUUAUGAAGCGACAAACAGGAUGUAUCAUAAGUGUUUGGAGUAUGUUUUGGAGGAGAUUGAACAUAACAGGAAAGCAAAUGUGAUGGUUGCUACACACAAUGAAGACACAGUGAAGUUCACUCUUGACAAGAUGAAUGAAAUGGGUCUUUCACCCUCUGAGAAUAAAGUUUACUUCGGACAGCUGCUCGGCAUGUGUGACCAGAUCAGCUUCCCGCUAGGUCAAGCUGGUUUCCCAGUGUACAAGUACGUCCCAUACGGUCCUGUCAAUGAGGUGAUCCCCUAUCUGUCUCGGCGUGCACAAGAAAACCGCGGCUUCAUGAAAGGAUCUCAGAAAGAGCGUAGCCUGCUGUGGAACGAGCUGAGGCGCAGGAUUCUGGGUGGCCAGAUCUUUUACAAGCCUGUCUACUGAAAACAUAAAGACUUUCAAAUCUGUAUACAUUCCAAACAUAAUAUUUUCUUAGGAGGUUAAUCUGCUAUUUAGGGUUUCUCAGUUACACCGUAGAGAGGAAAAGUUGUAGUGUUACUAAAAGCUGCUUCAGGUGAGAGAUGUUAGAGAGAAUUAUUUUUGCUAUAUUAUAAAGAACUGUGUAACAUAUUUUAUUAUACAUAGCCUGGAAAAAAGGCAAAAAGAGUUUGAGCAGUUCCAUGAUGGAACCUCAAUAAUUUCUGAAGAACGCACAAAGGCUUUUCUUUUAAGGAAGGUUUGACCUGAUGGUCCUUUCUGUUAAUGGACAAGUUUAUGAAAAAUUAAUUAUAUUUCAAUGCCAAAUGUGGCUUAACUGUGCAUAAAAAUGUUUGUGUGCUUUUAUUGUUAAAUUCAAUGUAUGUUUUAUUAUCCAUUUCUUUUUCAGUCACCUAUACGUGCCUGGUAAUUUUAAGACUAUAGAAUCUGUCCUUUGUUCCCAACUUGGUUGGAUUUGUUGCUGUACAACACUCCAAGGACCCAUAAUGUUUGUUCUUAAUGACAAUGCUGACUUUUUGGGGAGGAUUUUAUGGUAGAUUUUCUGCAGUAUCUUAACUUUGUUUAAAUAAAGGUGGCUUAAUGUUUUAAAUGUA